UGCAAAACCUGGAUAUUUGGCUCAGGGCUGAGAGUAGAUCCCAGUGCUGAAAGCACUGAAAGCAACAUGCUCUGGGUGCUUUCACUGCUGGGAAGUGCUCUCAACCACUUUCAGACCCUUAGCCAGAAAUACAGGUUUUGCAGAUGCUUCUGUGCUACUAGUCAGUGCAUACAUUGUAUCAUGGGCAUUCCAGUUUUGACACAGUCUUCCACUGGUUCCACCACCAAUACUCUACACUUUUAUCCAGUCCAUCAUUUGUCUACUACGAUCCACUGCAAUGCAAUACACAAUGCAAUGAUUUAGGACUGUCAUCUUCCAU